AUGCCCUCGACAUGGCCUGUACUGCUGCGGAGCAGGGUAGCAUGGGCAUGUGUGGCAGUGAUCGUCGGUGCAUCCUGGCUCUUGACAUGGAGAUGGCAAGACUCAUUGGAGCAUCCCAUGGAGCUGGAUGGCUCGCGGGCUGAACUCGAGGUACCGCAGACAGCUUCGGCCACGCUGGGAUCGCUGGAGGCCUGGUUUCCGCCACUGGAUGAGGCCAUAGAUUCGGGCGGCUUUCGAAGAGUUGAGGCGCAUAACGCGCGACAUAUGCGUAACCUACUCAGAUGUAUGCAAGCUAAGACUUGCGGGAAGAAUCAGAGGAAAGUGGUUAUUCUGGAGGACUUGUACCUGGGUAUGGUCCUGCGCGGCACCGACUGGCUGGGUGGCGAGAUGAUAUGGGCAAAUUCGACGGUGAACGCCCUUCAGACGCUCGGGUACACGUAUUUCUUCGCCCGCCAAUGGGAUCAGGUUCUGUCGUUUCACAACAUGUUCCCUGAUCUGGUGGUCGCGGUGGUGAUGAGCCCUGAGACGAUGACCGGAUGCUGGGGUGAUAAGUACGGUUGCGUGAAGUCGCCGCAUAAUCCGAACGGUAUCCCUAUCUGGAAGAUACUUACCUUCUACUUCUGGGGAAACGAGAUAUCCCCACUGGACGGUCGUUGGGUGCUCAGUCCGGAACCAUGGGGCACAUAUGGUACCGGCUAUCCCAACACAUACCUCGGCUACAGUAUCGACGAAAGAUGCACCCGCCAUGCAUUCGUUCCGACUCAGACGCGUGAACGGCGUGCUUAUCUACUCACAAAGUUUCUACGCUUCCUCGUCCACAACGACUACGAUGGCGAUCCUGCAUGGCCGGCAGACGUGUGGCAGCGCUUGACCAACGAACUCGAUGUGACGCUUGUGGCAAGCAUCAAGAUCGAUGUCAUGCCCGAUGAUAGCCCGUUGCCUGCGGGUCUACCUGCGGGGAUCGUUCGCCUACCUGAGCUUGGGCCGGAGGAGUUUGUAGACGAGCUAGCGAAGAGCAGAGUCUUGAUCGGACUGGGCAACCCUAGGACAUCGCCCACGCCAUACGAGGCACUCUGCAUGGGGGUGCCGUUCAUCAAUCCAGUUCUAAGUUGGAAUGAGCAUGAUCCUGAUGACACAUCGCAAUGGACCUGCCAACACGAGACGCUCUGCCGGUACGGGCCAGGACCACCAUACGUCUACAACGUCAAACGCGGUGACCGGCAUGCCUUGAUCGCCGCGAUUCAAGCAGCACUGGAUCACCCGAUAGAACGGUAUAUUCUAGAAAUGACGAAGCAAAGCGCAGUCGUUGAGCGAUUGGACGCCAUUCUGAGUCAAGAUCGUUUGGGAAUGGCGAGGGAGCUUUUACAGCAGCGAGAAGAGGGUACCCGGCAGGGGGAGCUAUUCGACCUAUGA